UUCGUGCGUAAUUUCAGUUACGUGUUUAUGACACACACAUGCGUUUAACGCUUCUGUGGGCAAGGUGACAUGGAGUUCUAGGUGACCGGGAGACAACCAAAUGGAUACGUCUGGGACAGAGGGUCAUAUGGGUCAGGCGCUCAGCACGGGAGCAGAGAGACUUUGCUGAUACCUGUUCCAGAGAGAAGCCUGGGUCUUGGGAAUCCACCAUGCCACAGGCAUCUGUCGCUGCGUUUUAUAGAAGGGACCCACAACUCUGGGCCCUGGGUGAGGAUCUCGGCCUCAGACCCCGGUGGAGACGGCAACGGGCUGGGGAGAGUGGCACGUGCAUGGGCAUCACUCAACCUGAGAAGACAGCAGAGCCUGGGCCGGGGAUAUAAGCCCCGCAGGGAAAGCGCUGAGCAGAGGAGGAGGCCACAGCCCGACCUGCAGCAGUCCAGCCCUUGGGACUCCUCUCGCCUUCCACCUGCUCAUCUCCGCUUCCAGAACUGUCGCCAUGGUGACCGUGCGCCGGCCGUGGCCCGCCGUGGCCACAGUGCUGCUGGCCCUGCUCGCCUGCCUGGGGGCGCUGGUCCACGCCUACCCCGCCAAACCCGAGGCUCCCGGCGAAGACGCGUCGCCGGAGGAGCUGAGCCGCUACUACGCGUCGCUGCGCCACUACCUCAACCUGGUCACUCGGCAGCGGUACGGGAAACGCGACAGCCCGGAAGCGGUCCUCUCGAAACUGCUCUUCCCCGACGGCGAGGACCGCCAGGUCAAGUCACGGCCAGAAGGCGCGUACGUGUGGUGACGACCCCAAGGCCUCCUGGGAGACACGCCGACUGCACCGACCUCGUUUGCAUGUGUGCUCCUGACCCCGGAACCUGGGUUCCUCUCGCUGCCUACUGUGCCUGGGAGGGGGUGGGGAUGCUGGAUGGGGUCUUCAUCCCAUUUCUCCGUGCCCCCGGCCCCUGGGCUGGAGGGCUGUGUGUGGUCUUUCCCUGGUCCCCAAAUAAAGAGCAAAUUUCACUGAAA